AUGACCCCAAGCACUUCUCUUGCUUCCAGCAAUCUGUUCAAGCCUAUCAAGGUCGGCAAAGUCGAGCUGAAAAACAGACUUGUUUUCGCUCCAACCACCAGAUACAGAGCCUCGAAGGAUUUUGUUCCUACCGACUCCAUGCUCAAGUACUACGAGCAAAGAGCGGAAAAUAACGGAGGCUUGCUGACUGCUGAGGCAACCUACGUCGACUUCAAUUUUGGCCUCUAUCCGUUCACGCCGAUGAUCAAGACGCCUGCGCAGGUUGCGGCCUGGGCCAAGAUCAUCGAGGCUGUACACAAGCAGGGAUCAUAUUUCUCCAUCCAGCUGUGGCAUCUCGGCAGGGCUGCCGACCCCAAGUUCAACAAGGAGAAGGGCGUGCCGUUCGUGGCUCCGUCGGCUAUAUACUUGGACCAGGACUCUGAGAAGGCAGCCCGGGAGGCCGGCAACGAGCUUAGAGAACUGACGAUCCCGGAGAUUGAGGCGAUUGUCAAAGAGUUUGCUGCAGCCGCGAAAAGAGCCAUCCACGAGGCCAAGGCCGACUUCAUCGAGCUGCACAGCGCCCACGGCUAUCUGCUGGACCAGUUUAUCCAGCCAAACAUCAACAAGAGAACCGACAAGUACGGUGGUUCGAUUGAGAAUCGCGCCCGGUUGGUUCUAGAGGUUGUCGACGCGUGCAUUGAGGCGGUCGGCGCAGAACACGUGGGUAUAAGACUGUCGCCGUACGCCAAGUUCCAAGGCAGCGAGGGUGUUGACAGCGAAAUCAACCCGAUCGCGUCCUUCGGCUACAUUUUGAGCGAGCUCGAGAAAAGAGCCAGAGACGGAAACAGGCUGGCGUAUGUUUCCGUAGUCGAGCCAAGAGUUAGCGGAAACGUAGACAGCAACGACCAGCGGAAGUUUGACACUUCCUGGAUCAGAGAAAUCUGGAAGGGUAUUCUAUUUAGGGCCGGCGGAUACCUCAAAGAAAACGAGCAGUCGCUGGAGCACGAUGUCAACCAGGACGACAGAACGCUUAUUGGCGUCUCGAGAUAUUACACUUCGAAUCCAGAUCUCGUGGAGAGAUUGAAAAAGGGUCUGUCGCUGACGCCCUACGAUAGAUCCCGCUUCUACAACCACUCCUCCAACGACGGCUACCUCACAUGGCCUAAGUAUGGCGAGGACGAGGAGAAGUACAAAGCUGUGCUGGAUGUCGAGCCAAAGGCCCUUGCGUAGGCAUCGUGGCCCUAACUAAGCAGACAGAGGUCGCUCUUGGCCGUGCCUUUAUAGCUGCAAUACUACCCUACUUGAUCGGCACCGUAGCAUCGUUUUUACCGGGACGGCCCGUCUGCCAAAGCCACAAACAACUGCGUGCUCGCAACAUAUCGGCCGAGCUGACACAGACAUAUGGAGAUGUCUUAUUGUGCAGAACAAUAGGUCGAAAUAUGCCGGCGAUUGAGAAUCACGUGUCCGGUAAUGUCAGCACCAGGGCAGCAAGGAUUCCAAGCGCUGACAUGUCUGCCUUGGGGGACUUAAUUCCCGCACAAAAACCACCGAAAGCGCAACGAGCGCCUCAGCUCACCUGCCAGCACAGCAUAUUGCCGUGGGCAUUGUAUCUGAAAAAAAACGUUUAUGCAUCUCCAAAUCUGUCAAUAAAAUUUCUAUGUGC